UACCAGGAUACUAUCCGCCUCUGCCUUCCGUGAUCUCUACUUGGGGCUCUUGUACUCGGACACACCGAAAAGAUGGGCUCGCGAACGUACGCCCAAGAGCUCGAUGCUCUCAUCAUCGGGGCCGGCUUCAGCGGCGUGUACCAGCUGAAGAGGCUGCGCGACGAAGGCUACUCGGCCAAGAUCGUGGAGGCCGGCGACAACUACGGCGGCGUCUGGUACUGGAACCGGUACCCGGGCGCCCGCGUCGACAGCCACGCGCCGCACUACCAGUUCUCGGACCCGGAGCUCUGGAAGGACUUCCACUGGUCCCAGCGCUUCCCCGACCACGUCGAGCUGCGCCGGUACUUCGAGCACGUGGCCGAGAAGUGGGACCUCCGCAAGGACACCUACUUCAACACCUUCGUCACGUCGGCCGUCUGGGACGAGGCGGCGCAGAAGUGGAUCGUCACCGCCAAGGACGGCCGCGUCUUCCGCGCCACCUUCUUCCUGCCGCACACCGGCAUCGCCGCCAGCCGCGCGUUCCCGGACUGGAAGGGCCGCGACAGGUUCCGGGGCGUGCAGCUGCACUCGUCGUUCUGGCCGCACGCGGAGCCGGACUGGAAAGGCAAGCGGAUCGCGGUCAUCGGGACGGGCUCGACGGGGGUGCAGAUGUCGCACGCGCUAAGCGAGGGGGCGGGCGAGCUGGUGGUGUUCCAGCGGACGCCGGCGCUGCCGCUGCGGAUGCGGCAGGUGGACUACGGGGCGGGGGAGGAGCCGGUGGCGAAGGAGGAGCUGGGGGACUUCUUCCGGCGGCGCGGCGAGGGCCCGUGGGGGUUCGACUUCGGCCUGCUGCCGCGGCGGACCUUCGACGACGACGGCGCGGCGCGGCGCGCCACGCUCGAGGCCCUGUGGCGCGCCGGCGACUUCACCUACUGGAUCGGCAACUACAGCGACACCCUGUUCGACCUCGCCGCCAACCGCGAGGUCUACGACUUCUGGCGCGACAAGACCCGCGCCCGCCUGCACGACGAGCGCCUGCGCCGCCUCCUCGCCCCCCAGGACCCGCCCUACCCCUUCGGCUGCAAGCGCGUCCCCCUCGAGCAGGGCUACUUCGAGAUGUUCAACCAGCCCAACGUGCACCUCGUCGACGUCAACGAGACCCCCGUCGUCGAGAUCACCGAGGCCGGCAUCCGCACGACGGAGAAGGAGUGGGAGUUUGACAUUAUCAUCCUGGCGACGGGCUUCGACGCGGUGACGGGCGGGCUGACGCAGAUCGACAUCCGCGGGGUGGGCGGGGAGACGGUGCGGGAGAAGUUCGCGCGGGACGGCCCGACGACGUACUACGGCCUGAGCGUGGCCGGGUUCCCCAACAUGUUCUUCUCGUACGGGCCGCAGUCGCCGUCGGCCUUCUGCAACGGCCCCACCUGCGCCGAGCUCCAGGGCGAGUGGAUCGUCGGCAUCAUCAACCACGUCCGCGACGCCGGGCUCGCCAGCGUCGUCCCCGACGAGGCCAGCGAGCGCGCCUGGGCCGCCCAGGUCAACGCCAUCGCCGAGUCCACGCUCAUCCCCCGCGCCAAGUCGUGGUACAUGGGCGACGGCAUCCCCGGCAAGCGGCGCGCGUCGCUGAUGUUCCUCGGCGGCCUGACCAACUACAUGACGGAGCUGAAGAGCUGCGCGGCCGAGGGGUACACAGGGUUCCGCUUCGAGAUCCCGAAGGUGCAGACGGCCUCGGCUUGA